AUGGCCACGGCCCGGCCAGGCAGGUUCGUACGGGAAGAGGUCCACGGGAUGCCAGACCGUCUGCACUCAGCCAAGAAGGACGGUUCAGCGCCUGGCCUGCGCCGCCCCGGCCCCGCGCCGACCGACCCCGCGCCCGCCCGCCGCCCGCCGCCCAGGGCGCGGGAUGGAGCCGCCGGGGAUGGAGCCGCCCGCCGCCCGCCAGGCCCCUUACCCGCGUCCGCGCCGCCCGGCCGGCUCAGCAGCGCCGAGCGCGUCCUCCGCCGCGGUCCGCAGCGUCCUGCUCCCCGGGCAGCCCCAUGUCGGGGGGCGGGGAAGGGCCGGCGGCCGCCGCCGCCGCCGCCGGCUGGAAAGUCCCUGCUGGGCUGCAACCCGGCUCGCGCACGCGGCGGCCGCGCCGCGCCGCGCUCCCUCGCCCUCACGCACCCUCUCGCAGGCACUUCCUCUCGCGCGCUGGAAAUCCCCGCCGGCCGCCGGAGCGCGCCCGGGCGCGCGCGCGCCCCGCCCCCGCCGCCGGCCCGCGCGCGCGCGCGCGUGGGGGCUGCGGGAGCCCGCGAGGGCGGCCGGCUCUCCGCGCCGCCGCCCCGCGCGCCCCCGCCCGGCCCCGCGCGCGCCCGCCGCCCGUCGCUAAGGCCCUCCCCCCGGCGCCCGCCGCCCGGCCUUAGCAACGGCGCCGCGGCGCCGGCGGGGGCGGGCACGGCCGCCCCCAGCGCCGCCCCGCCCCCGCGCGCGCGCGCGCGCCCGGCCCCCGGCGCCUCGCAGCCCCCGCCCCGGGCGUCCCCCCUUUUCCGGGUCGAAAAGCCACGCAAGCCGCGUGGGGGCCCGAAAGGAAGUUGUGUCUUGAUCGAGUGUGAAAAAUGUGGCCAGUCUGCCACAAGUUCCCAGAGCGCCCCGCUGGCCUGUGAACCCCCUCCCCUCCCUGGGCCCCAGGCCUUCUGGGGCACCCGUUUCUCCACAGGCCUCGGCUCUCUGCCCCGCUCCAAGCGAAGGUUCAUGGAGAUCUCCAGAGCCGAGGCCAGUGUCACCAGCUUAAGCCAGUGCCCCUUCUUAUACUUCUCCAAUGACUCGUCGAAUAAAGGCAGGAAGUUCAGCAUCUCCUCCAGAGGCUUUCUCUGUGGAACGUUCCAGAACUCUGGACAGUCUGCACCCGGCAAAUCCAAACAGCAGGGCAUGACUUGGCUGUGGGGUGAACAAGGUCACAGCCGAGGAUACUCGGCCCUGGCGAUGGCGCACACUGCCAGCAGGGCGAUGCGCCGAGCCCAGGCAAGGCUCCGAGUGCGGCGUUUGCUACCGGAUGGGGGCGAGGACCCACGGCCCAUUGCCUGGAGCCGGGGUUCCAGCCGCAGCCCCGCUGUCCCCACAGAGCAGCCUCUGCAGAGCGGCUCUCAGCGGCCGAGUCCCGUGGUUGUCACCUCGGGCCCCAUGGCUGCCUGUGCUCACCGGCUCCCCGCCCCGGCACUGAGCGGAAAUAUGAUGGCCUGCCCGACCCCAGGGGGCUUUGAGAAAGCGCCUGGUGCCAGUGGGGACCCUGUGGCCAGCGUGUCCCUGGGAGAGACCACGGUUGUGUCUGGGGCGGCCCAGUUCACUUGA